CUGUGUGCAGAAAGUUGAGAAAGAAGUGAGGUGAGAUCAGUACUUAGCAGAGAGGAAGUAACUAGUCUUGACUGAAAGCUGUUUUUUUUUUUUUUGAAAUCAGAAGCAAUCCAGCAGGUGCUUGGAGAGUCAGACAAUGAUGUUGAUAUUGUUCCCAUACUUCGUAGUCUGAGACACGCAGAGAAGGGAGACUAUUUUCAGUCUAGAAAAAAUGCUCAUCCCUUCCUAAGAAUAUUUUGACCGUGAAGAAAGAGAUUGUGAUGAAGCCUCAGAGAGAAGGGCAGCUCUGGAUAGUGAUAGCACUAGUGCAGAAUCCAGAAUGGAUGUCCUCUUUGUAGCCAUCCUUGCUGUGCCACUCAUCCUGGGACAAGAAUAUGAGGAUGAAGAAGGACUGGAAGAGGAUGACUAUUAUCAGGUGGUCUAUUAUUACACAGUCACCCCCAACUAUGAUGACUUUGGUGCAAACUUCACUGUUGAUUACUCUAUGUUUGAGUCAGAGAACAGGCUGAACAAGUGGGAUAAGGAGGUAAUGGAAGCAGUAGAGACUACCAUUAGUCGUGAAACAGACCCUGCAGACCAUCAGAAGCCUGUAACAGAGAAACCAGUGACAAUGGAACCAAGUCCAGAUCUGAACAAUGCUGUAUCCAGUCUGCAGAGUCCUGGUGCACUCCUCCUGUCCUGGGCCCUCGUUCAGGGGGGGAUGUAUUUCACGUAGAAGGAGAGGGAAGGCUGCUACGACUCAUUGGAUGGGGAUUUGGGAAGAGGAAAGUGGAAGAUUAAAUAAAUAAAUGAAGUAAUCUGGUUACUCUCUACUCCUUUAUGAGGGUCAGUUCUAAAGCUGCAACACUGAAGAGAGCACCAGGAUAUAGGUGUGUGAAGGGUAGAUUAGAAAGGGAGUUAGGCGACAGUAGAGUUAGAGGGAAUUAUUAGGGCUGUGAGAAAAUAAACCCUGAAAUUUUGGGAAGAAUGGAGAAAAACACCCACAAACAACAGGUUUAUUCACAGCCUAUAAUUCCCUCUAAUUCUACUGUUUUGCUUUAUCAUAUAUGGUGUUGAGACAGUAUAUCUGGAGAAAGAAAGUUGAAGUGGAACCCUUUUUAUAAAAUAAGCACAUUGUUAAACAUACGUAAAAUAUCAAAAACUACUUAGAAUAGAUUUUUAAAAUUCACACCCUCCCUCCCUUAUCUCCCCCCUCCAGCCCCUAACUAUGUACCUUUUCAGUUAGUAAUUAAGGCAUUCGAGGACAGACUGUUUUUUUCUUUUUAUAAA